GGCCACUGAAGCUUUACCCUCUUGUCUCUUCAGAGCUGCUAUAGAUGUGGGAGUCCAUCGAUUUUUUAAUCUCCCAUGGAACUUUUCGAAGUCUGGGUCAAAGUGAUAAUCAUCUCACUCUUCACCAUUGGAAUUCGAGGAUUCAUGACCGAUGACGACCCAUGUGCCCCCGACUGUUCUCAAGGUGAUCUGUUCUUACCACACCCGAAGAAUUGCACAAAAUAUUACCAAUGUGCCAACGGGGAACCAGUUCUCGAGGAGUGUCCAGACGACCUCUAUUUCAAUCCUAAAUACGGCGUCUGUGAUCACCCAAUUAGCGCGGGAUGUACGGCUGAUCCUAAUUACAUAUGUGGAGGUGAAAUUUCCUCAACUUUAUCUAAUCCUAACACUGUGACAACUACCCCUCUAAACACAAAUUUCAUGACGACUCAAACUACCCAAACAACAUUUAACCUCACUACAUCUUCCUCGACAAGUGCUUCAGAGACAACGGAUGAGCAAAGCACAACCGAAUUGUCUAUCCCGAGCGUUACUACAGCUAGUACUACAUUGUCUACAGCCACUGAAGAAACUGAUGACACAACCGCAGAAUUGAAUGAAAGCUCGACAGCUGAUUCGACAACGUGGGACUUCGAUAACACGACACAUCCUCUCUCGACCAUCCCUCCCACAGACUGUGUGCCGUCAUGCUCAAGCAACGGCAUCAUACCAAACCCUCGUGAUUGCUCCACGUUCUUUGUCUGCUCCAAUGGCCUGCCUGUUCUAAUGAAUUGCUCUGAUAAUUUAUUGUACAAUCCAGAUACUGAGAAGUGUGACUUUCCUGAGAAUGUUGAUUGCACUGACGAUCCAAAUGCGCCCUGUUGAAAACUGUUACAAUGAAGUGCGGUCUCUGCGGUUCCGGAAAGUGAAUUAGUCUCUUGUACAAAAUAAACAUCUGACGAGCUAGUUGCACAAUUUCUAAUAGAUUUAUCGCUCCAAUACUCGCUUAAAUUUAUAAACGGCAAUCAGUAUUACUUAAUAAAAUAAUUCUAGCGGGUUUA